UUAGCAUUGUGUGUUAUGUGCCAGUAAUUUGCAGUGUAUCCUUUGUUUCUAGCUAGGCUCCAUAAAAAUACAGACUCACCAGUUCCUGCUUUGAUGUGACAUGUGACUCCCCAGAAUACAUCUUGCUUCUGUAGACCAGCUCCAACAGGAUUCCAUGGUAGCUGGAAUGUUAGGGCUCAGAGAAAAAAAAAACAAAAACAAAAAACAGACCACCAGGCCAUUGAAGUCUCCAUUGGCAUUUGCACCCAGUAUCUCCAUCAGCCAACCAUUUUUCACCAUAACCCCGAUUUGUGCUUCAGCCCACACUAUGCACAGGGAAGAAAAGUCAGAAGACCAGGAUCUCCAGGGCCUCAAGGACAAACCCCUGAAGUUUAAAAAGGUGAAGAAGGAUAAGAAAGAAGACAAAGAGGGCAAGCAUGAGCCCCUGCAGCCGACAGCCCACCACUCUGCUGAGCCAGCAGAGGCAGGCAAAGCAGAGACCUCAGAAGGGUCAGGUUCAGCCCCAGCUGUCCCAGAAGCCUCUGCUUCCCCCAAACAGCGACGCUCCAUCAUUCGCGACCGGGGACCCAUGUAUGAUGACCCCACUCUGCCUGAAGGUUGGACCCGGAAGCUUAAGCAAAGGAAGUCUGGUCGCUCCGCUGGGAAGUAUGAUGUGUAUUUGAUCAAUCCCCAGGGAAAAGCCUUUCGAUCUAAAGUGGAGUUGAUUGCAUACUUCGAAAAGGUAGGCGACACCUCCCUGGACCCUAAUGAUUUUGACUUCACGGUAACUGGGAGAGGGAGCCCCUCCCGGCGAGAGCAGAAACCACCUAAGAAGCCCAAAUCUCCCAAAGCUCCAGGAACUGGCAGAGGUCGGGGACGCCCCAAAGGGAGCGGCACUGCGAGACCCAAGGCUACAGCAUCAGAGGGCGUGCAGGUGAAAAGGGUCCUGGAGAAAAGUCCCGGCAAGCUGCUGGUCAAGAUGCCUUUUCAAGCUUCACCAGGGAGCAAGGCCGAAGGGGCUGGGGCCACCACAUCAGCCCAGGUCAUGGUUAUCAAACGCCCCGGCAGGAAGCGAAAAGCCGAGGCCGAUCCCCAGGCCAUUCCCAAGAAACGGGGCCGAAAGCCAGGCAGUGUGGUGGCGGCUGCUGCCGCUGAGGCCAAGAAGAAAGCCGUGAAGGAGUCUUCCAUCCGGUCUGUGCAGGAGACCGUGCUCCCUAUCAAGAAGCGUAAGACCCGAGAGACAGUCAGCAUUGAGGUGAAGGAGAUGGUGAAGCCUCUGCUGGUGUCCACCCUCGGCGAGAAGAGUGGGAAGGGACUGAAGACCUGCAAGAGCCCUGGGCGGAAAAGCAAGGAGAGCAGCCCUAAAGGGCGCAGCAGCAGUGCCUCCUCGCCCCCUAAGAAGGAGCAUCACCACCACCACCACCACUCAGAGCCCCCGAAGGCACCCACACCGCUGCUCCCACCCCCACCCCCACCCCCACCUGAGCCCCAAAGCUCCGAGGACCCCACCAGCCCCCCUGAACCCCAGGACUUGAGCAGCAGCAUCUGCAAAGAGGAGAAGAUGCCGAGAGGAGGCUCGCUGGAGAGCGACAGCUGCCCCAAGGAACCAGCUAAGACUCAGUCCACGGUUGCGACCUCCACCACAGCCGCAGAAAAGUACAAACACCGAGGGGAGGGAGAGCGCAAAGACAUUGUUUCAUCCUCCAUGCCAAGGCCAAACAGAGAGGAGCCUGUGGACAGCCGGACGCCCGUGACCGAGAGAGUUAGCUGACUUUACACAGAGUGGAUUGCAAAGCAAACCAACAAGAAUAAAGGCAGCUGUUGUCUCUUCUCCUU